CGCUUUGACCUGACAGUUAUACACUUUCUGAAAGCAUAUUUCUUCGAUAACAAAUCUUCAAAGUUUAUCAAAUCUUCAAUGUCGUCAACUGAAUCCAUCGUAAUCUACUGAACCCUACACGCUCGUCAAACUUAACUCUAAACUGAGUGAGAUGUCACUCACUUUCGUUAAAAGUGAACCUACACGCUUACCAUAAAAAACCUAUACGUAAGUAGAAAUUACUCAAAAUCCUCUUAAAGCGCACAAACUCAAAAUUUGAGUAGAGAGGCUGUACCUACUUCUGAGUUGUAUGAUCAUACCUAUAAUUGGAUAACGAAAUAUACCUAAAAAUUGGUAACAUAUAAGAUAAAACAGAUACAAAAAUGACUUGUUUUAACGCAUAUUGGGAUGUUUAAGUUCAUGAUUAUCAACAAAAAUAGGUAGUUUUAACGAUUAAGUUCGUCAAUUCAACCCACAACUAGUUUGUUUUACAGAUCAUUGGUAAUGCAAAGUGGGUAGUUUUAACAUAUCAGUGAGUUAAUUUCACCCUAAACUAAGUAGCUUCUAAUAGAGCUUUCUACGCCAGAUCUCACCAAUACAGGCUUAGUCUGUAUCCUAAUAAAAUCGAUUUGUUUUCAACCAAAAAAUCAGCUGAUAUUAAAUUUCGAAAAAUAUUGCACUAAUGAAUCCUAGUUCAUUAGUGUUACCUGUUUUAACAAACUUUGUUUUAGUGGAAAACCAGAUGAUAUAAAACAAAAAAUCGGCUUACAACUUGAAUAAAAGCUCGGGGCAGGAGGAAAUUUUUUGUCACUACCAGCGUGUUGAUUAUUUGCAACCAAAAUUAAACUUGUAUUAGUGAAAUCGACCACUGAUACUAGCGCAGAUAGGAAGGUCUAUGACAUAUUUCUACAAAAAUAAGUGAUAUCAACCUAAAAUAAAGUUCUUUUUACUCAAUCCUAUAGCACAGACAAACAGACGUGCCACUCGAUGACGAUUUCAUCGACCAGAAAAAUAACGAUUAUUUUGAAAUUUUGCUUAGUGGGCAAUAAUGCCGCUGGUGUCGCUACUGGUAUAUUUUGACAAUUAUAUUUCCAAAAAACUGGCAGCACGAUCACACCGUUUUUUGUUAGCAUAACAACGUUAUGAUGGGUCGAAAGUGUGAGAUGAUUAUGUGCCCAAACAGAGAAGGAAAAACUAGUGGAAAAUCCUUUUUCGAAUUUCCGCAUAUAUCGGAGAGGUGUGAGCUGUGGGUGAAACUCUGUGGCUCUUCCGAGCUGUCUUCCAAAUUUGAUGCUGAUGGCGUUCAAGCGAUGUGAAAACAUAAAAUAUGUUCAGAUCAUUUUCCAGUAUUUAUGCUAAAAAACCCUCUGCAAUCGAGUACAGGGCUUCUUAGCAAUGCUGCGCCAUUAGUAUCCGUAGUGCAAUCGGGAGAUACAAAUAGUGAGGAGCAGUAUUUAGAUAUCCUAGAAAUCGAGCCCGAUGAAGCAGAAGAUCUGGUCUCGAGAGAAGAACCAAGGUAUAAAAUUCAUAUAAAAAAAUACAUCCACUUACGUACUUUUUCAUAGUUUUAACUGCAGCGUAAUACAGUGCCGAAAUACUGAAAAUAGUAGAGUAAAAUCAGCUGAUGAGCAAGUUAAUAAUAUUGAAAGUUUUGAUUGGUUGACCGUCGAAAAACAACCUGAACCAUAAGAGAAAACCCAAGCUAAUAAAACUAGAAAUCAGCCCAAUAACUGAAGAUACUGAAUUUGUUUUAUCUCACGAACGAUCACUGAGCUUGGGCACCUCAGACGAACAAAAAAAGAGGAAUCCAACAUUUUGAAUCUCCUGAAAUGUAACGUAGUACUGUACAACAGCUGGCUAAACUCUCUAAACAAGCCCAGAGGGCGCAGAUAUGAUAAGCAGACAAGGAAUUAUGCAGUGGGUGCUUAUCUUGCAGGACUGUCCGCGUAUCGAUAUGCACAAAAUUCAAAAGUCCUGAUCUUGGCGAGUAAAACAUCAAUGAGACGAUGGAAUGCUGAUGUUAUGUUGGAGCCUGGUUUGAACAAGGCAAUCUUGAGUCGUCUGGGAAAAAAAUGCCGAAAUUUUUCAAGAAAAGAACGAGCUGUAGCAAUAUGCUUGGACGGAAUGUCAAUAAAACCCGAACUUGUGUACAACGCAAAGAAAGACAUUUUUUACGGAUUCCCUUAUACAGGAACUCAGAAAAAGAUCGAAAGAAACAAAACGUCGAUCUUGGCCACUGAAGCCAUUGUUAUAAUGGUUUCUGGAUUAGGCCCUCUAAGUCCGAACAAAUUUAAAAAUGACACCGCUAGUCGUUCUGGACGUUUCAAGCAGGCAGUUGGUUAUAUGUUGGCUCAUCAUUCACUAGAAACUACUAAACAACUGAAUAUGAUUACAAAUGCCGUACAAGCUCUAAAGGGUCGUGGAUUAUAUCCAUUGGUGUUGAUUCUAGACCAGUGUACAACGAAUGUUAAAAUGAUUCACGAAGCCGGAGCAAUUGCAGAGAAGCCAAUAAUCAUGAUAGACAGUGCAGAAAUUGCAGUAUUUUAUGAUAAUCCACAUCUUAUUAAAAAUACGAAAAGUAUGCUAUCCAAACACAAUGCAGUUUUUAAAGGAAAAAUUGCAUCCUUUAGUCAUAUUCGACAACUGUACCUGAAAGACCAAAUAUGUGUACCGAGAUUAGUGCCAAAGCUCACCGAGAAAUUGAUAAAUCCUCGCCCAUUUAUGGCUAUGAAUGUAGCUCAAGCCACACGGACGUUAAGUCACUCUGUCGCAGUGGGUCUAGAAUACUACGCAUUGUCUGGGGAUCUACCUUUAUCUGCAUUGACAACAGCUUCAUUCGUAAAUUUUUUUGAUGAACUCUUUGAUACUUUUAACUCCAAGAUCGACAAAAGUACUGCCAAGCUUUCUCGACGUAGUAUAACUCAAAGUUCUUACCAUUGGGAAUUUCUCAAAGAAGCUAAAGAAAUAUUGACGAAUAUGCAUUACACAGCUAACACAUGCUUUGAUGAAAAAUUUGCGGAUCGUGAUUCAAAAAAUUGACGGUUAAGCAAAGGAAACCCAACUGUCUCAGUGGAUUUAUUGGAAAUAUAAACGCUCUGAUUUGGUUAUGGAAGCAAUUAAAAACUGGUUACUCCUUCGACAGCUUACGUACAAAUUACCUUUGCCAGGACGUAAUCGAAAAUCUUUUCUCUGAAAUAAGAAGACGAUGUGGUCGAAACGAUGCACCGAAUGCUUAUCAAUUCGGGUCUGCAUUAAAAUAUGCUGCUAUUUCAGCAAAUGAGAAACUAGCGACAGGUACAAAUUGUGAAAAUGACAGAGCCGAUGUUCUAAUAACUCAAGAAGAUUUAGAGCGUGAAGAAUAUACACAGAAAACUGAGCUGCAACCCUGCUUCAUUUAUAAAUUUUCGCCCCUAAAUAUUCAAUCCAACAAAAUGUAUACCUACAAAGAACUGAACGGAGUAAUGUACAUCACCGGUGCUGCUGUGGCAAAAAUUGAACACAAAAAAUGUAAAAAAUAUAUGACCUUCAAACGCGACAACGUCGCAGUAAACAACCCGAAUUAUGAACUAUGCAAAUUAAAGGGUACGUCAACCUUUCCCAGUACACAAUCUUUUGAAACAGGACUCCUGUGUUUUAAUGCAUUCAAGCAAAAAUUCGCCAAAUUCCUUUGUCAGAAUAGAAGGAACGUUAAAACCAGACUUAUCAAGUAUAUACCAUAUGAAGAUAUAAAGGAGUUUAUGUGCAGUAGAUGUUUUACUAAAUAUGUUAAUACAAUUUUCAACACUUUAAUCCAAUGUUUUCUGAAAGAAGUCAGAGUUAAAACAAAAAAAAAGUUCAGAAACUUAAACUGGCAAAUAAAAAAAGAAAUCGCAAGGCUUUUCGAAUGAAUUUGAAUGUUCAAUAAAAUGUAAGUGGCACAAAACUA